CCCUGCUUCUUGUCUCAUCUGUCUUAUUUGUCACUCUGUCGCUCUGCAGAAUCUCCGAGUUUUCUGUGUUGUUCCACCGCAAAUUUGUGUCUUGUUUCCUGUGAGAUGGUGAAGGAGUUGUCCAGAAGCGCAGUGAGAAAUCUCUGGCACUAAGAGUUGUCCUUCCAAGCUGAGCAAUUCCUCGGAACAAGGCUGUCGCUGGAGAAUCCCAGGAGUGAGAUUGUGAUCAUGGCAUCCACAAUGCAGCUGGAGUUCUCUCAGGCCAUGUCCGACUUCAAGACCAUGUUCCCGGAGAUGGACAGAGACGUGAUCGAGGCUGUUCUGAGGGUGAACAAGGGCGCUGUGGAUGCCACAAUUGACCAGCUCCUGGCCAUGAGCACAGAUAAUCAGAACGAGAAGCUGCGGAAUGAGCUGGAGAAGUCCGGGAGUGACUCACCACAGCAGAAAGCCUCGCGAGAGGCCUCGCCAGUGGGUGGCACGACGCCUGAGAAGCACAUCUCCCUGCUGAGCACCUCACCGGUCAAUCUCACCAGCACUGGCGCCUCGCCGAAGGUGAAAAAGACCUCCACGUCCCCGGAAGCGGCGUCGGGGCCGCGAAAGACCAAGAGAUGGGAUCCGCCCAUCCUCAGUCCGCUGCCGCCGACCUUCCUCCGGGUCACGAUGGUGAAUGAGAAGGGCGAGACGGACAUUCCCGACGAGCAAUUCGCCCUCAUGCUCCAGAAUGAGGAGUUCAUGAAUGAGUUGCGCUGGAAUCAGGAGUUCAUGAUGGCGCUGGAGAAGGAGCAGCAGGGCAAGGCGAGAACUGAGGAUGACGCGGUGUUCAAGGAGCGCCUCAAGCACAUGGGCAAGAAGUCGCGGAAGAAAUUCCUGCAGCUGGCGCGGGUGUUCACAUGGCAGAAGAAUAAGAAGCCUGGCGCCGUGCGACAUCCGGACUCCCUUCUGCUCCAGGAGGAGCACAGUGAUGACGAUGAGCCGCGCCGCGUGAAGAAGUAAUUCGCACAGCUGCGGAGGAUUUUGGUGGGUGAUAGAGUCAUUGAGAACCCUUUCGUUUAUGUCUCUCAAGUGUUGCCAAUUGGGAUAUUUCAGCCUGAAUCCUCGGGACUGUUGCAAUCCACGAUUCUCUGGCCAUUGUGUUGUAGCCAUAUAUUUGUUAAAUUCCUUGUCCAAGCACUGAUAUUAGUCCCACGAAGAAUCUCCCGCGAAAAACCCUUCUUCGCAAACUACCAUAAUCUCAUAUUUUACCACCAGUUGCCGCCGCCUUUGGCCCAAUAUUUUCAUACUUUUCAACUGCUUCUGACGCUCAUUUGACUGAAGAUCAAGACACAAUUGCACAAGCUUUGUCAAAUCAUACAUUUUCCACCAAUUUCACCGCCAGAAACUGCAAAAUAAAGGAAGAUUUAAGCUAGAAAAUGGGAAGAAAUCCUUUGAAAUUGCAUUUGGUGAAGUGAAAAGUAGUAAAUAUUGGCCCAAUUGUGUGUCGGUCGCUGUAUAUUAGUGUAUAGGAUGAAGUCACGCGAUACUCGAGGAAAAGAUGUCGAGGCCGCCGGGAGACUCUCCCCCGCCUCGAGGGCAGGAUCAUGAAAUGGGGGGAAACUUAUACAAUAACUUACUGCAACGUAACGAAUAUUUGAGAAGAGAUAACAAAACAUUUAAUGUGUCCAUAUUACGGUGAUGUCUUCUGUGCAAUUUAUUGUUCCUUUUUGUAGAUAAAAGAAAAAACCAAGAAGUACCAGAGUCAAAGUGUAGAAAUCCGCAAAAAAAUUUCUUUUAUUUGUAGUGAAAAAGAGUCUUUUUGUUGCUGUAUAAAUUCAAUAAAAGUUAUAUUUUA